AAGACAUGACUGUCACUCAAACGCAAUGGCACUACACGAAAAAGGAGCUCGGUCACUUCAUGCUAUCAGCAACUUCGAGAAACUCAAUCAGGAGAAAGAAGUUUUAGUAGUAUGAUUCAUCAACAGUAUGAACACAAGGUAUAGUUAUUCUUAAAAAUAUUGGAAGAUCCUACACCUACACAUCACGGCGCAUGUCGUGAUAUCCGUUUUUUUAUGCCGUGUUUUACUGAAGAACCCAACGAGAGAUACUUGCGUUCUUUGAAGACGAGACCAAUAUUGAUUAGAGGUACCGUGGUUCGGGAAGAAAUUGCAAUUCUGAGUCUCACACAAAAACAGAAGAUCAGCAAGACAAACCCUAACGAGAAAACUCUUGAAUUCGUGUUUGGAUCACCUUCUUGUUUAAAAACUGGACCUAGGUCCUGUGUGCAUAAGCUCAACAACGACACGUUCAUCAGUGUUAGAUACUAAAUUUGUUGGCUUCUCGGUCUAAUGAUCAAGCAGAUCAAAAUAGGACUAGGAGUCGUUUAUGAUAGGAAAUAGAUAUACACAAUACGAAGUCCAAAACUUUUUUCACUUUGCUUUCCUGUAUCACCAACGUCCUGCAUCAAUUUCAUGUGAUUUUCAGCCCCGGCCUCUUUUUGUCCAGAAGUAAUCCUGAUUCCUGAGUUUGAAUUUCUGUUUGUGAUUUUUCUAUCAACAUCAAACUAAGUUAGAGCUAUUUGCCACAAAAUGUUUUCGGAGAAGUAGCUAGGAACAUUUGUUCCUCCAGUGUUUGAUGUUGUGAACCUCGUUUUCUUCACAUUCCAUUGUUCUAGUCCUCGUCUGACUGUAGUUGUAAAAAAAAAACAAAAAGAUGGGUGGCGAUGGCGGCUGCGUUCCGCAGCGUGCGGACAUGGUCAAGACCGCGGGUUUCCGACUGAUCAAUAAAGUCGGCGGACCGUCGGGUUUCUUGGCCAACACGUUUAUCAUGGUUGGAGACGAUAGUGUGGGAAGAAAAGAAGGAAAAAUCUUACGCAUGACAUCCUGCCGCAUGACAAAUGAGCCGCUAACAAAGGAUACGCCAAUAAUGGCCGACCGACUCGGCAACCUAUUUCUGAAGGAGGAGAUCAUAAGCCGGCUCCUCGCAAAAAGAAUACCUGAGCCUUUCAUGCACAUAACCAAGCUGAAAGACCUCAAGGAUGCGAAGGUAUAAACUUCAUCUUGAUUUUUCCAAUUCAAGAUAUCUUUGCGAGAUGAUUCCUGGAAGACAGAUUAAAUUGCCUUUGCAGGAGCACGGCAUCUCCAUCUGUUCUGGUCUACAACUGCCUCAUAGUAUAACUCAUCUUGUUGAAAACAUCAAGACGACCGAAAAUCAUGUUGAUUGCCUCACCUAUCUUUAUUAUCCUCUUCAUGUGGUGGAUGCGUAGCCAUAGCCUAUUUCUUAAGCACUUUAAUAUCUCGUAUGGACGUGUGGGCCCUUAACUACUUUGCUGCUCCAAAACGUUCCGGCGUAAAAACAAACUGGAGAGCAUUGUAGACGUUUUCGGUUCGAGGUGAUCAUGCAUUAGACUAGAUCGGUAGUUGUCUUGUCUUACCUCUGUCAUCGGUUUCGAUGUUGUGACACCUCAAAAAAUUUUCAUCAGACUGUUAUUAUCCUCUUCCUCACAUAUCUCUACUCAGAUAACAUUCGAGAGCGGUCGCAACUCUAAGAGAAGUUCGGACGAUAAGCGGCAUCACAUGGUCUGCCCACUAGUAGGGAAGGAGAUUGAUGAUGGCACCACGCGCGCCGUGAUUCUCUGGAAGUGUGGCUGCGUUUUGAGUAUGACUGGUCUCGAUUCGGUCCCCUCAACUGACCGAUCAUGCCCGUCAUGUGGGGAGCCUGAUGCGCUCGUUACGCCUCCCAGUAAGGACGCGCCAGCGACUCGAGUACAGUUAGCGGCAGACCUGGAGGAGGGAAAAAAGCUGUACGACCGACUUCCGCAGAAGAUACGAGACAAAAUAGAGGCUGCGCAGAAAGUAGCUGGUAAACGCGCAGCACGAGAACAAGGGCAAGGAUCAUCAGCAGCAGGAGCUGACGACGAUCCAGAUGAAGGAGCCAUGUCGCCAAAGAGGAGACGGGUGAACGCCUCACAAAGCGGCAGAUCAGAAGUUUUCAGAUCUAUCUUUAAGGCGCCAGGGGAGAUAACGAGUUGUCCACGAGACGGCUUCGGAACUGGCGGAGGAGCGCGAAGAUAAAACACUUUGGACACGACUGAAGAUACCUUUUCCACCAUCACUUAAACAUUCUUGGAGGGAUCCCCUCAAUGUCAUUGCUGCAGCCCAGCCAAAGCGACUAUGGUUUUCUUCUCGAACGAAAAGCUUUCGCACCACCAGUGGUCAGCAGCUCAUGUAU